AUGAGUCCAAGAAAACAUCAGCAACAGGUUGGUUCUAAAAGAUUUAGGAGAAAUAGUAUUGAUGCACCUAGGAAGAAGUUGUGCACAAGGAGAGGUGGUGGGAGGAUUGGUUCUGCAAAAACUGGGAAUAAUACUCCAACUUUAGGUACUCAAGAGAGUGUGGUUCAACAAGUUCCAGUUGCUGAUGAGGGUGAAAAUGUGAUUGGUGAAAAUGUCAUGCAAGAAGGUUAUAAUGUGGGUCAAAGUGUGGUUCAGCAAGUUCCAGUUGUAGAAGUUCCUACUGUUGUAAAAGAAGGUGUGGUGCAGGAAGAAGGUGUUGUGCAAGAAGAAGGUGUUGUGCAGGAAGUUUCAAUAAUUCAUAUUCAGGAUGGUCAUAUGAUGCAAGAAGGAGGAACUAGUCAAACAAGUGUGAUGGAAGGUAUUGAUGCAAUUUUACAAGAGGUUAACUUCACAAACAAAACAAAGUUCAGUCCACUAAAUGGUGACAAUGAGGUGGAAGAUAAUGAUGUUAUUGAGUUUACUGAGGGCAAAGAGGAUGAUAUUCUCCCAGAGAAGAUACAAGUAGGACUUGAAGACAUUGCUAAUAUGCUAGAAGCUGGUUAUAGCAUGACAGAAAUAGAAGCUAUGCCAGGGGUACAAGUGGAAUUGGAUGAUUCCCUACCAGUUGAACUGGAUGUAAAUGAUUUUAUUGAUGGUCAUCAUUCUGAUGAUGAUGUUGGUCUGGAUGGUGGAGCUGAAGGUGCUGGAGAUGAAGCUAUUGGUGAUGGUGAUGGACCUGAAGGUGAUACUGGUGGACCUGAAGGUGGUGUUGAAGAAUUGGGUGAUGAUGAGGAAAAUCAGGGUGAUGAUGAAGGAUAUGAGGUUGUCCCAUUGGUUAGGAGAACAAGGAAAACAUAUGAGAGGAUUACCAAGAUAAAGCUAAGGAAUGGUGUCUAUGACAAAGAUGGUGGUGGUUCUUCUUCUGUAAAUCCAAUUAACUUGGAGUAG